UAUAUUUAAAUUCUAAUCCCCACAGUGAUUGCAUCUACAGGUGGGAUCAAAGGUAAUUAACCCCUAAGGUAGGAGCCCUCAAGAAUGGGCUCUUAAAAGAUAAGCCCAAGAUCUACAGAAUGAGAAAACAAUCUUUACCAGCUAUGUAUAUAAUAGGGGAUUAAUAUCUAGGUCAUAUAAAGAACUCAAAAACUUAAACUAUAACCAAAUUAUCCUAAUCCUAAAUGUGCAGAUGACUUGAACAGAGAGCUUUCAAAAGAAGUAUAAAUGGCCCAUAAAUGCAUGAAAAUGCUUAAUAUUCUAAACCACCAGGGAAAUGCAAUUGAGAUUCAUUUCACCUUGGUCAGAAUGGCUAUCAUUAAGCCAGCAAGCAGAGGCUGGAGGGAGGGAUGGCUCAGUGGGUUAACAAAGAGCAUCUGCUGGGUCAGCAGAAGAACCGGAAUUCACAUCCUCAACUGCUGGCUGGGGGCUUAAGUGUCUCACUGUAGCAGUCGUGGGGAUGAAGGCAUGGAAACUGCUUGUAGCAAGUUCAGAGAGAGUCUGUCUCAGUGGAAUAUUGUGGAGCUUGUGCAUACUGCCCUGCUCCAAAAAAAAUCAAUCUACUACCAAUGCUGGUGAGGAUGAAUGGCAGUUCCUCAAGACACUAAAAAUAGAACUACUGUGUGACCCAGCCUUAUCACUCCUGAUUGUAUGUCAUAGAAAUACCUGCGCCUAUGUUUAUCGAACCAUUUUUCACAGUAUCCAAGACAUGGAAUGCCCCUAGUUUUCCAUUAGUGAAUGAAUGAAGGAAGAAAAUGUAGUGCAUAUAUACAAUGGAGUUUUAUUCAGCUAUAAAGAAUAAACAUAUCAGUUGCAGGAAAAUGGGUGUAACCAGAAAUCAUUGUGUUAAGGGAAAUAAGUCAGACUCAUAAAGAUAAAUGCUUCCUUUCCUACGUGGGAUCUAGAUUCAAAUGUGUAUAUUUGCAUAUAUAUGACAUGAAAGUGAAAGGAGACUCAAGAGAGAGAGAGUCAAACAAGAGAGGGCAAUGACGAUGGACAAAGUACCUGAGAUACACCUACAUGAAACUUUAAUGAAAGCCACUAUUUUGUAUGUUCCUCAAACAGCUUUGUGAUGGUGAAUUUACAGUAACUGAUUCACUACUGAAGGUACAGCAGUAACUAUUAGUGCUUAAGAUGAAAUAACCUUAGGAAAAUGCUAUUUCUGUGAAGAACACUUGCAUUUCAAUUAAAAAAACUUGACAAGCUCAACAACUUAAAUGGGGACUACCCACUUUGACAGAAUGAUAGACUACCGAAGGUGGACUGGGCUUGAUCUCAGAAGAGGCCCAGGAGUGAGUGAUUCCUCACUCCUUUAACCCUUAGGGCAUAGCGAGGCAUUAGGAAGCAGGAACUGGGCCCACAUCAGACACCAAUCCCCAAAAGUUAUCACCUUGUACUUCAAGGUCUUCAGAAGGACUUUCAGAGGCUUUGGCUAUUUUAUAAGCUAUUGUGUUAUUUAUGGCAGCAGCCUGAGGACCAGACAAACCUGGUACCUUGAAAUUCUGAAUGCCCUUCUAGUUUAAGGUAGUCCCAAGAAAAGAUGGAAAUACUGCAAGAAGUAUCUCUUACCAUUAAACGUAUUCCCCAGUGGGAAUGAACAUUUUCCUUGCAGUGGAUACUCACUACUUAAGACUGCUCUGCCAGUAAAGAAUGAGAGCUUUCUCUUCAAAAUCUAGAGAGAUGUUCUACGGAUGGAUGUGCUGCUGUGCCCAAUACUGCUGGGAUGUUGUGACAAGAAAGCCCAGUGUGUCAGCGAGGAGCACCAGCAUGUCAUAACUGGCAGCUUCUGCCAGACUCAGAACAGCUCCUUGGAUGAGAAAGAACAAUGACAUACGACUGCAGUUCUGGUUAAUAAUUUGGUAAUAAAAGGCUUAAUUAUAGGAAUUUGUGAAACUACAAAGCUCAAAAGCAAAAACAGGGCAGAAAUAAAAGUAUGCAAUUUUUCACAAUUAUGGUCUAUAGUAUAUGAUCUUGUUUAUGUAAUACUUUAGAUUUUAAUUUAUCUAAGAUUUGAUAUAAUUUGAGGAGACUAGUAGUAUUUUGAGACAGCUUGGCCUAUACAUUUAGUUCUUAUCCAUUGGUUAAAAGCAAAUGAAAACCUCACUGAUGAAAUUCAGCAAUUCAGAGUCCUACAAUGUCAAACAUUUAAGAGUUGGAACUGGAUAUGGUGGUGCAGGCCUGCAAUUCCAGCUAUCAGGGUGGCCGAGUCAGGAUGAUCAGACAUUCAUGACAUAACUACAGAGCAAUUUAAAGCCAGCCUGUGGAUUUUAUGGAGUUCCUCUCCUCCCUGAGCCCCAAACUCAUGGUGGGGAGGGGGAAAAGAUUGUGUGUGUGUGUGUGUGUGUGUGUGUGUGAGGGAGAGAGAGAGAGAGAGAGAGAGAGAGAGAGAGAGAAAUAUGGUACGUAUGAGCAAGCAUAAGCAAGCUCAAGCAUACAGUUCCGUGGUCGAGUGCCUGUCUCCAUGUACAAGGCUCAGGUUCACCCUCCCUACCCCAGUCCUGGAGGAGGUACUAGGGAGUAGGAGCUUGACAUUAUUUGUAGCAUUGCUAUCGUAAGGACUAUUUUAUUUUAAAAAUAUUUACUUAUGUGUUUGUGUGUCUGUGUAUGUGCAGCUAGAGUUACAGCCACGUGAGCUGCCUGACAUGGGUGUGGGGAACUACACUGAGGUCUUCAGGAAUAGUAGGGAAGUGCUCUUAACCAGGAAGCCAACUUUCCAGCACUAUUUUCUUAAAACAAACAAACAAGCCCAACUACAUGCCUUGGGCUAGUAUAAAAUAAAAACCUGACCCAUUUUUGUGUUUUAUGUAUCAUGAAACCUGAAACCCCAUCAUUUUGCUAACAGUCAAUGUUAGGAUCUGGGAAUUGUGGGAAUGUGUGCCUUUUGGACAAACUGAACAGAAUUAGGACCGACUGGUGCUAAUUCACAACUUUUAGGAGCCAUGGGGGAAGGAGAAAGGCAGUGAGGGAGGACUUAGACCUUUCUGUUUCCAUUUGUUUUGUUUUAGCUGGGGGUUUGGCUUCACAUAGAGCUUGCCAAGUUCCUCCCCAUUGAGAAAGUUUUGUUUUAGAAAUGGCCACAAAAACCACGUUUCAGUUAUAGAUGUGGAACGGAAAAUGAAACAACUCCACUAAUCCCCUUUUCUCUCUUAUUGGACUUCCAUUUCCUGACUACACAUCAGGCAAGCAUUUCAUAAGAAAAAAAUGUGGUCUUUAGAUGGGAUAGAUGGACUCGGUUCUUCCUACUUAUUUUUCAAUAGAUAAACAUUAUUAAAUAAUGUUAAUGAUAGGUCUUUACUGUAAGAAACCUUUAAUUGGAUAUACUAUUAGAAACCAGGCUGAUUUGGUUGACUGCUGUCAAACUUUCCCUGUGCCUCAGAGAGGGGAGGUAGGUGGGCCACUGAGCUGUCAGAGUAGUCCUUUUGGAAACUAGCCAGAUUGACUCAUUAUAAGAGCUGACCUGCUUUGAUCAGUCCAAGGGCAUCUUGAGGAAACUACAGUCUGGUUGCAGAGAAACUGAAACUGAAGUCCACGAUUCCUGCUUUACAGGCCUUUUCCAGUCACCACAGGUCUUUCAGAGAUAACCUGUACCAGCUUUGGAAAGCAGUACUCCAGGCAAGACAAAACCUUGGUCAAUUCUGUUUUGGCGUGCUGGGGAUUGAACCUGCAACCUUGUGCACCCUAGGCAAGUAUUUAUCACUGAGCUACAUCAUUCUAAGGGGGUGUCCUCAGGCAAAUGAUACUGUCAGCAUCUCUGUCUUAAAAGAAAGAUUUGGUACAAAGUAGCAUAGAAUAAGUAUUGAAUUAAUGAAAGAGUAAAUCAAUGGAUAAGUCUGAGAAUUCUAUAGGAUUUGGCAAGACAGGAUUCCUCUAUGCAGCCCAAACUGGCCAGUGAUUGGUUCCUUGGGCUUAUGAAUGGUGGAAAACUAGAUGCUGUGUUGGAAUUACAAUAAUCACCUCCUCAGCUCCUGGUGUAAUCAGGGUGUUUUGGAGUCAUUAGGCCCAAUGAAGGAUUUCUCAAAUGGUCUUUCCCUGGGCUGUUUAUCAUCGAUACAGCGUACAACAAUGGUAGCAGGAAGAGGAAAAGGCAGCUCCACCUGUAAGAAGCCAUGGCAAGUGGUAGCAGCAGCCAAGUCGUGGGGACAGGUGGGGAUGGUCAUGGCAGUUAGACCAUACAGACUGCAGGACUGUCACAAGGCACCAACACCAACAGCCUAAGGGUUAUAAUCAUAGCUGGUGCUCAGUGCUGCCAAUUAUUCAGAGAGCCAACUGUUGCACUUGAAGACUUCUAGGCCACUGGCAACCAAAGUCAGAGUAGUAAGUGUCUUAAUCCAAGUUCUUAAAACUGUUUGAUUCUGGUUCUUAAGAUUUGGUAACAUAAACUGUAGUUCUCUGGUGAGAGCUCUAUAAACCUCUGACGUCUGUCAGCCCAGCCUUAGCCACUGGACCAUUAGACCUCCAUCAUCACCAGUAAUUUUCAUCUCGAUGGAGACCCAGCCAGCUCACUGGUAACUGUGCGGCACACACAGACAGGAUACACUAUCUCUUGUUCAAACAACAGAUCGGGAGAAGAGACACACAACAGAAGAAAUGCUACAGGAAGAAGCCCAAGGUACUAAGCAGGUUCUUGCAAUGGGAGAAACUAACGGGUUCUUCCCAAAGGCUGGAGCCAUUAGAAUUAAUACCGGUUUGCCAGGUGUUUCUAGAAGCGAUGAAACAGUCUCAGAAAAAGUAAACUUUUAUGACUUUCUGAGGUACGAGAUGUGGCAAGAUAAGGGUCAUUUUCUAAAAACCAGUCUUUACUGUACUUACAACCAUGAACUUCAAAAGCAACAUCUUCUUAGUGCCCCCAAGUCCAUGAAACCAACCUCCCUCACAAGGUGGUUCUGAGGGACUCGGGAUGCCACUGCAACAACCUCAAGCCCACACAUGGUGACAUCUCCUGGGACUGCCAGAUACCUGCCUCGCACUGCCCCCGGGCCCGCCUCGCCCAGGUGAAUGUGAGAAGGAGUUUCCUUGCUCUGAGCCCGCACGCCCGCGGCGUCAGGGGCGGUGCGGUGGGUGUGCUGGGGGGAAAGCUGGGCCCCGCCUCGGGUGCCUCGUCCAGGGCCACGCGGCCCGGGGAAGCCCAGAACUUCCCGGCGGGAACGCUGGCCCCGCGGCGCGGACUGCUGGGGAAGGUGUUCUCGCGAGAGGAAGGCGAGGGGCGCGGGUCGCCGCGGGUCUGAGGGGCGCGGGGCAGCCUGGGGGCGAGCGCCCGGCUGGGGCGCGGAGCUGAGGCGGUGAGCUGGACCGGGGCGCGGGGAAGCCGCUCCCGCCAGUCGCGGAGAGCCAGCCCCUGACGUCAGGAGUUUUCCUCAAAGUCAACAACAAGCCCCGCGGCGGCGGCGGCAAGAAGCUUCGGCGGCGGCCCCCGGAGGGAGGAAAGAGGGGGCGGGGAGGCGGCUGCUGGGUCCCUGAGGCGAGGCGAGGCCGCAGUCCGGGGCUCUGCGCGCUCGGCCCAGAGCCUCCGCCCCGUGGCCCAGCGGCUCUCCACGGCCCCCCGCCCGAGCCGUGUUUUCUAGUGAUGAAUCGAAUUUGUAGCCGACAUCCGAUUCCCAAGUAGAGUCUCCGCCUCCUCCUCCUCCUCCUCCCCGUACCGCCGCCCGCCCUCCUCCUCCUCCCUCCUCCCGCCGCUGCCGCCGCCGCCGCCCGCUCCAGCGCCGCCGCCCGCCCGCCCGGCCGGCUCCCUCCCUCCCUCCCCUGCAGCCCUUCGUCUCCCCUCCCGCCGGCGACACCGGGCUCCAGGGGGCCAGAGGCUCAGCGGGGUGGGGGGGAGGACAGGAGGGGAGGAGGAGGGAGGGGGACCCCCGAGUCGCCCCCUCUCCUCCCCCCGUCCCCCCCUGCUCCAUCCUCCGCCACCGCCCGAGCAGCUGCGGGGCCGCCGCCGCCGCCUUUGCAGGCUGAGUCAUCACUAGAGAGUGGGAAGGGCGGCAGCAGCAGCAGCAGCAGCAGCAGCAGCAGCAGCAGCAGCAGCAGCAGCAGCAGCAGCGAAUCCAAACCCUAAAACUGACCUGCAAAGCACCAUUUCUCCAAGUUGGGGGGCUCAGAGGGGAGCCAUCAUGAGCGAUGUUACCAUUGUGAAAGAAGGUUGGGUUCAGAAGAGGGGAGAAUAUAUAAAAAACUGGAGGCCAAGAUACUUCCUUUUGAAGACAGAUGGCUCAUUCAUAGGCUAUAAGGAGAAACCUCAAGAUGUGGACUUACCUUAUCCCCUCAACAACUUCUCAGUGGCAAAAUGUCAGUUAAUGAAAACAGAACGACCAAAGCCAAAUACAUUUAUUAUCAGAUGUCUUCAGUGGACCACUGUUAUAGAGAGAACAUUUCAUGUAGAUACACCAGAGGAAAGAGAAGAGUGGACGGAAGCUAUCCAAGCCGUAGCCGACCGAUUGCAGAGGCAAGAGGAGGAGAGGAUGAAUUGUAGCCCAACCUCACAGAUUGAUAAUAUAGGAGAAGAAGAGAUGGAUGCGUCUACAACCCAUCAUAAAAGAAAGACGAUGAAUGAUUUUGACUAUUUGAAACUACUAGGUAAAGGCACUUUUGGGAAAGUUAUUUUGGUUCGAGAGAAGGCAAGUGGAAAAUACUAUGCUAUGAAGAUUCUGAAGAAAGAAGUCAUUAUUGCAAAGGAUGAAGUGGCACACACUCUUACUGAAAGCAGAGUACUAAAGAACACCAGACAUCCAUUUUUAACAUCCUUGAAAUAUUCCUUCCAGACAAAAGACCGUUUGUGUUUUGUGAUGGAAUAUGUUAAUGGCGGAGAGCAACAUCUACUCAGCCAGCCACAAGAAAACCUCAACAUCAUUGAUCUCUCCCUUGGUCCAAAUUCCUCUGGAGUACUGAUUCUUCUGAAGGGUGCUUAUGGUCUCCUUAGCUGUUGGCCCUCAGAAGCACUCGUCGAGAUCCAACAUACCUUCUGGUGUUCCCAAACACACACAUUCUUCCAAAGCCUUUUAUAGUACUUGCCAUGUCUCAGCACAGUGUCAUGUCCUGUGGCUGUUUUUCCAUUUGUCGAGAGAGCGAGUGUUCUCUGAGGACCGCACACGUUUCUAUGGUGCAGAAAUUGUCUCUGCUUUGGACUAUCUACAUUCUGGAAAGAUUGUGUACCGUGAUCUCAAGUUGGAGAAUUUGAUGCUAGAUAAGGAUGGCCAUAUAAAAAUUACGGAUUUUGGGCUUUGCAAAGAAGGGAUCACAGAUGCAGCUACCAUGAAGACAUUCUGUGGCACACCAGAGUACCUGGCACCAGAGGUAUUAGAAGAUAAUGACUAUGGCCGAGCCGUGGACUGGUGGGGCUUAGGUGUUGUCAUGUAUGAAAUGAUGUGUGGAAGGUUGCCUUUCUACAACCAGGAUCAUGAGAAACUCUUUGAAUUAAUACUAAUGGAAGACAUUAAAUUCCCCCGAACACUCUCUUCAGAUGCAAAAUCAUUGCUUUCAGGGCUCUUGAUAAAGGAUCCAAAUAAACGCCUUGGUGGAGGGCCAGAUGAUGCAAAAGAAAUCAUGAGGCAUAGUUUUUUUUCUGGAGUAAACUGGCAAGAUGUAUAUGACAAAAAGCUUGUACCUCCUUUUAAGCCUCAAGUAACAUCUGAAACAGACACCCGAUAUUUUGAUGAAGAAUUUACAGCUCAGACUAUUACAAUAACACCACCUGAAAAGUAUGACGACGACGGCAUGGACGGCAUGGACAACGAGCGGCGGCCACACUUCCCUCAGUUCUCCUACUCUGCAAGCGGACGGGAAUAAGUUCCUUUCAGUCUGUUUCUACACUGUCAUCUUAGACUUUGCCUGAGACUGAUUCCUGGACAUCUCUACCAGUCCUCGCUCUUACAGUUAGCAGGGGCACCUUCUGACAUCCCUGACCAGCCAAGGGUCUUCACCCUCACCACCUUUCACUCACAUGAAACCAUAUACACAGACACUCCAGUUUUGUUUUUGCAUGAAAUUGUAUCUCAGUCUAAGGUCUCAUGCUGUUGCUGCUACUGUCUUACUAUUAUAGCAACCUUCAGAAGUAAUUUCACAAUCUUUGGGAGUCAUGAGCCCAUUGUUCAUUUGUGCAUCAAGUGUCAUCUUUUGGUUUUUGGUUUUCCCUAGCAGUGAAGGCUAAAUGAGAUACACUGAUUCUAGGUACAUUGUUAACUUUCUAGGAGAUAAAUCAAGAACUAAUUAGACUAAGAAGAUUUAGUUUAUAUUUCUGAACAAGCAAUUGUUGAAGGGUGGUGGUGUGUGUAUGUAAGAGUUUAGCAGUGUAUGUCUGACCAGCACAUGAAGUGUGUAUCACUGACAUUUGGCUGGAAAAUCUUAGGAAACAUUGAGAGGACUGAAGGGCCAAUGAGAUACACAUUUUUUUUUUUUAAAUCCUGCUGGCUAUUGUGGAGGAAGCCCAGUGCCACCCAUGGAUGCCCAGGUUUCAAGGGCAAAUGGACAUUGUUCAACCAAGUACUGACGGUGCAGAGUCCCCUAGAGAGUCUUAGGAUCUACUUUGUACCAGAGAGUAUUUUCCCCUGGGCUUGGCAACCUUUUUCCCUUCUUUAUAUUUAUCACCUCUGAUGGCUGAAGAAUGUAGACAGUAUAAUGAUCCUGCUGUCGCCAAAAUCUAUACACCAAGGUGAACAGGUGUUUGCCUUACCAGUUUUGGAGUUUUUACUUUCAGUUAUAGGUAAAUUAGCUUUUUCUCAGAUGUUAAAACCUUGAAUGUCCUUUAUGGUUUUGUUUAUAUUACAGUAGUAUUUAUUUUUUAGUGGUAAGAAUUGUGUUGUCAUGUUAGCAAGCGCAGCUCCAAUUCACAGAUCAUUGCCUGCGUUUUCUUUUGACCCAUGUGCAAGGAAUGUACACACCCAUUAGAAUCAUGCACUUUUUCUCCUAUGUUAAAAACAAUGGUAAGGCUCUGGGACUGUAUCUGUUGGUUAGAAUCUGGCUAGAAUCUCUGGGAGAAGAGAUGCUGUGAUUUAACCCCUUGGAGCUGAAAUGAGAGCAUCCCCAACUACCCAGUGCCAAGGGAUGGAUGUGAGAGGAUAGUCUGGCAGAAAGUAAUGGAGAAAGCUGAGACCCAAAUGAUGAUGAGAAAUGAACUCUACUCGGCAAAAUGAACACAUCACAAGUAUUCACACAAUAGGAAGUAAAGGAUAAGAAGCUGAUGUGUUUAUUCUUAUCAAGGUACAUUCAUUACUGAAUCAAGCCAUCAGGGAAAACAACAAAACAAAACACCUCUAGCUUUUAUUUUUCUGUACAUAUUCAUGUCUCCCAACCCAAACAUUUCUCACUGAGAGGGGACAUGUAUGCAAACCUCAUCUUUCUCCUUCAUUAAUGAUGAUCUUCAGAUUAACCCUUUGGUGCUAGGAGCUGACACUUUCCAAAGCAGACUAUGACGUCCAAGGAUCAAAGCCUCUCUUGCAGCAAGCAAGAGCAACUGCUGCUCCAAGGCGUGAUCAUGGAAGUGGAAGACCACAGUGUGACACAGUGGUACUGCAUUGUCUUUUUCAGUAGGAAGUCAUGUUCUCAUGCAAGUGUCUUGGCCUCUAGGCUCAGACUUAGAGAAGCAGAGCCGCUGCUGGCAGUGGCUGGCCGCUGGGACUGCUGGGGUGUAAAGGGCAUUUUCCUAAGGCAGCUAAGACAGACUCAGACAUAGAUUUUUGUCCUAAUUUUUCAUGUUUCUACCUGGGUGAGUUUACCCUCAGUGGGAAGUAGGAAGUUAAACAGGUGUAUUCUUACAUCUGCUGUCUUCUGUUUUCCUACAUAGAAGUAUGUUGAAUGUUGCACAUUGACAAGGAAGUAGAUUAGAUGGUAAGUCCUUUUAAGUUACCCUGCAUCCAUUCUGUAAGAAAGGAGGAGGAGAGGAAGAAAAGCAAGCUGAGCCUGGCCGAUGUUCAGAACAUUUACUCCCUCAGAGGGAGCAGACACUGUACACUAAGCACACAGCUUCUUUUGUUUUGUCUCUCCUUCCAAGUCUUAAGGUAAUUUCAUGACCUUGGCCAAGGAUACUUUGUGAAGAUUAAUGAGGGGACAUUGACAAUGCCUCAGGCUGGCCACUCCUCACACUGGCCCUUGGUCCCCAGCCAUUCAAGGGGUUACUCAUCCCAUCCCUGACUACCUGAGUGUCACUACAGGUGGGUUCUUGGCUUUGAGUUCAAGAAUUCUUUCCUUACACCCUCCACCAGAUGUCAGUGGAAAGGCAGAAGUAGAACCGAGGUGUGGGAGGAGAUUCUAAAAGCUUGUGUUGCCCAGGCCUCUAGCUUAGGGUUCUGGCAAUUGAGACGGCCUGAAACCUGACAGCAUCAUGUCCGGGCAGCUCUGGCUUUGUGAGUCCAGCUCCUACCAACUCCACCUUGACCUCUUGUCUCCAUGCAGGGCUGUCUGGGAGGAAACUGGCCACUUCUGCUCAGACUGCUGCCAGCGCUCUCACAGCUUUGCUCUCUACACUAAUGACAUAGAUUAUUCCAGUAUUGUUCCCAUUUCCCACCUGACCUCCAGCUUCUCGGAGCUGACUUCUUGCAGGGGCCACAUGCUUCUUUCCCUCACUAACUGCAGGGUCUCCACCACACCUCAGUGUACACACUUUGCUGCUACCGUCUGUACUGUCUACAUCACGGUUCCCUUAGCUUGCUCCUGGUAGUGCAUUACAGGCAAGCAUGAAAUGUAAAGUAUUUAUUUAAAUAAAAAGGAAACCUCUGAAUUGGUCAUCGAGUCACCUCCCUGUAGAUUUGUAGUCUGUGACAUAUUUCGACUUUCUAGUCCUGCUAGAUCCAUAUAAGAUCUGGUCAUCUGGUUAAGGGUUUGAAGCAGACAUAGCUAUGAACCCGGAUGGUAUCAUCACUGUCACGGCUGGCCACACUACAGAUGUUUAUGUCCUUACGUUUAUGACCCACAGGGUGUGAAGUAACUUCCAAGAACCUGAUUUUGUACACUGUCCACUCUCAGUAUCUCACACUCUCUGAUAGGGACACACAUUACUUCCUUCGUACAGACAGCUUAAAUAAAGCCCUAUGUCAAUCUGCUGCUUCUCUGUUUGUUGUUGUUGGAUAUGGCUCUGUAAUUUCAGAAAACUAAAUUUCCUCCUUUUCUGGAAAAAUGAUUAUAGCCCCAGCUGUUAUUAACCAACCCUGUAUGAAGGUGUGAUAGGAAAAGAGGUAAAUUUCUCUUCCAUAAAACACAUACGGGGUGUUUUUACUUGACCAAGAUGCCAAUAGCAUGCUUGUACAAACUGAUAAAGGGCUAGGUGUGGAGUCACUGGCCACCAGCAGUAGAUUUUAAGGCACAUCUACUAGGAUGCCAGAUAAAGAGUAGAUUGCAGACCCUAAAGGUCUUAAUAAGAAAGGGUGUGGGCCCAGAAUCCUCAAGGAAUGCAGCUCAUCACUAAUGUCUUCCUGAUAACAUACUGUGCCACACCCUUCCUGGCAAGGGUGUCUUUAACCCUUCAUGUCAAUUUGACUUAGACAUGAGUAAUUGAUGGCUAGAAUGUCUGGAUUACAUGGUUUUGGACGGGGUGUCUUUCUGAUUUUUACCUCAUAAGCUACAAUUGUAGAACUUGGCUUUGCUCUUGUGAGUUCAACAGAGAGAGGAAUGACUUUUGGGACCAGUUAGGCAUGCAUGUGUAUUUCUCACAGCCAAAUUUGGGGACAUUCUUACAUGUGCUGUCCUCAAAAUCAACUGGGGUUGGCAGAUACAUGAGGCUGAAAUAAAGUGACCUCUACAACUCUCUAAAGGUGCUAUUUUUAGAAUAUUGUAUAAUUUAUUCCUGGUAUACAUAAAACAAUUGAGGACAGUUAAAACCUGUGACAGCUUUAUGUCUAGCACAUUUGAUGAAACCUGAAACUUCUGACUCGGAAGUUGUGCUGUUCUAGGCUUGCACCUUUGGCAUGCCCCAGAGAUGAGGAUGGCCCAUGUGCCAUCAUGCUGCCAGCACACCAUGGCCUAAGCUGUAUGUUUGUGAAGGGCAGGCUGAGCAUGUGGACACCAUGCCUCCACUGAGAGCCCUGGGCUGCCGGGCAGCCGGGCAGCUGGGCUGCGGGCAGGGAGAGGUGAGGUCUCACAUGCAGGCUUGCCCUUAGUGUUUCAUCCCUCCCUCAGACGCCAUGACCAUCUCAGCAUCCGGGCUUUAUCUCCAUCUGUCUGUUUGGUUUUUGUUUUUGUUUGUUUUGUGGUACUGGGGUAGGAACCCAGGGCCUCACACAUGCUGGGCAAGUGCUCUGCCACCGAGCUACACCCCAGACCUUCCAGUGUCCAUUUGUAUUCCUUUGAAGCAUUUGAGGGCUUGACUGUAUAGUAGAAAUACUAUUUUAGACUAAGAAUAUGAUCUGUGUACAGAUAUUUGAUAUACUGUUAAGUAAAUUUUCUAAUUUCACAUACAUUUGUUUUUAGGCUCCUCUCAAAUACUGCUAUUGAAGACAAAAAUCUGACACCAUCGAGCCAAAGAUGCCUUUUUGGGGGGAGGGGAGGGGUUUGCUUUGUGUUGUUCAGAGAAUGGGAAGAAAAAUGCAGAGUGCUUCCUGAGUGCACACAGUUCGAUGGGAAAUACUGGAUGCUGGCUAAAGGUAGACAUGGUCAUGAGCGGGAAGAAGCAGUGGCCGGCAGGAGGAGGGGUGGUCUUCAGUCCACGUUGGCUGACUUCAAACAUGUGCCUUUCAGUGUGUUUUGUCAUUGCUACAAAAUGAAAAGGAAACGGAACAACUCAAGUCUUUAGGAAGGUCAUUUUAUUAAUCCAUGUGUAUACUUUAGAGACAACGUAAAUCAGUGACUUGAAGCUGUUCUGAGCACACACUCCCAACGAGCCCUAGCCAGUUGAUGCUGAAGCAAGCACUCCCUGUCCAUAGCACAGGGACAGACCAUGGCAUGAGGACCAGCCCCCCCUGCAGUCCCUGGUGGUGUCUCCCUGGGGAGGUUUCGGUGCACUGUGGCACAUUAAGUACAAAUCAGAUGAAUGUAAAUAUCUCUUUGUAAAUCAUUUAUUUCACUCUGUUUCAUCCAGGUCAGCAAUCAGAUUGUGGCAUGCUGGGUAACUGGAAAAAAAAUGAUAAUAAAAAGUAAGUUUAAAUAGA